AUGUCCACAAAUACCCUCCCCACAACCUCAGCUCUCGUCCUCUCCCUCCUCCUCACCUCCCUCGGCGGCGCAAUCGGCUACGCCCGCACCGGCUCCCUCCCCUCCAUCAUCGCCGGUCUCUCCGUCGGCGCUCUCUACCUACUAAGCUUCCUGCGUUUGCGCGCGGGCCAGCCCUACGGCGAAGUAAUCGGCCUGUUGGCUUCGACGGUGCUGGGCGGGAGCUCGAUUCCUCGCGCGAUCAAGUCCGCGAAACCGGUGCCGACGGGUCUGAGUGUCUUGGCUACGUUUGGGGUUGUGGUGUUUGGGUUGGCGAUGAGGGAGAAGAGGGGUCUUUGA